AUGGCGGGUGCCUUGCCCGGGCCUGCAGCGCCCAUGGCCGACCCUGUACUUGCAGUGAACUCGCAGACAGCCACUGGUGCCCUGCGCCGAGAGGAGCCGCUCCGUGGGCACAGGCAGAAGGACAGAGCCUUUUCAGACCCACAGCAGGCCUUGCAGGAGGCACUGUCCUUGCUGGGCAGCGACGACUGGGAACGGAAGAAGAAGGGACUCUUGAACAUCACACUGCUGGCUGAGUCCCAUUCACAAGUCCUGCUCUGUCGACUUCGUGAGAUUUGCUUGGCAGUUACCAGAGAGGUGACCAACCUCCGGUCCAACGUGUCCUGCUCUGCAAUUGUCACUCUGGGAGAGCUCUUUGCGAUCUUGGGGAAGGACAUGGACUCCGAGGUGGAUCAGAUUGCUGCAGUCCUUCUCCACAUGUUGCGGAAUUCCCCAGAGUUUAUUCAGAAGGCAGCCUGUCAGAGCCUGGGGAUGAUGGUAGAGAACGUGACUCCUACACGAGCAAUGACUGCUCUCAUGGACAAUGGAGUCAAGAGCCGCUACGUCCCGGCGCGGAAGUGUACGGCCGAACUCCUCCUGUCCUUGAUGGAGAAAAUGGGAGUCACGAAGCUUGCAGGCACACCCAGGGCUGAGAGGCUGGCACAGGUGGCAGGGACACUUGCUCAGGACAGUCACAAGGACACGAGGCAUUAUGGACAGGAGAUGGUGAAGAUGUUGCUUAGUAAUCAAAAAUUUAAAAAGCUUUUGGAACAAUCUCUUUCCACGCAUGACCUGGAAGAUAUCCUGAAGAGAAUUAAGAAGAAAGAAUACUGCCCUGCUGUCAAGCCCUGUGGAGCUGGAAGAAGCUUGGGGAUGGAAAACAACAAGGCUGAACUCCCACCUGUGCAGGAGCCAGUGAAGAAGAGGAAUGAAGGCUCCAAGGAGCCCCAGGCCACAUCACCUCCUAGCAAACGGGCAAAGUCUGCCACUGGUGGACGCCGCCUACACCGUGCAAGAGCCCAGGUCACAUUCCUGCAUCUGUGGAAGAAAGGGAGCUGCUCCAGAAGCUUUACCAUCUCCUGGAAGCCAAGGCGUUCCAGACACGGAUGGAAGGAGUGGCACUCCUCCUAGACCUGUCCAAAACCAGACCCCAGCUGAUCUCCACAAACAUUGUCCAAAUUUUUGAUUAUUUUGGCCUGAGAAUCUGUGACACACAUAAGAAAGUGAAGCAGAAGGCGCUGGAGGCGCUGGCAGAAAUCAUAGGACUGCUGCAGGAUGCCAUGAACCCAUUGAUGAUCCGUUUGGUUGAAGGCAUAACAAAGAACCUAAACUCAAAGGAUCCCGGGGUUCAUGCUGCAGCUAUGACGGCUCUGGACCAAUCUGUUGUGCAUUUAGAUGAAGUAUCACUGAUGAAAGAGCUCUGCCACCAAUGGAGACGACUGAGUGGCCAAGCUCUGCUGGAUGUCACGGAGCGUAUCACAGUGCUUGUGGAAUGGGCUCAUGCCAGGAGCCCUGAAGCGGUCGAGCGCUACGCCCUGCCCGUGCUCUGGUCCUGCCUGGAGAACAAGGCGCUGCCUGUGCGAAGCGCCAACGUCUGCGCUGUGGUCACCAAGCUGGCCUGUGCCCUCUGCGAGGCACUGGGCAGCCAGAUCAUUAAGUUUGCUGACAGCACACCUCCACACGUGCAGGAAAACCUCAACAGCCUUCUGGGCUGGUGAAGGUUUGAUGUUCUCCAGAAAGCGGACAAAUUUCUGAGCUGGACACCACCAGACGUGACUUUUCAGCUGUGCCAGAAAUGACAAAAUACUAAGGAAGGGUGUGCAUCUGCCCCCACUCUGUUGUGCAUCUGCCCCCACUCUGUUAUCAGCAUUGCCCUUCCUAGUCAUGACAUGGGGGGCCUGAAGCAACUGCAGACUGAUGACAAGGUGAAGAUGAAGUAUGGAUCAGCCUCAAGUGAACCCAGACUGAGGAAAAGAUGAAGACUAAGCAUGAAUCAGCCUGAAGCAACUGCAGACUGAGGACAAGGUGAAGACCAAGCAUGGAUCUGCCUCACACAGAGAUACGACCGGCUACAGUCUUUCCAAGAAGUUUUCUCUGGACAUUUCCACUAUUCCCUUACCAGGAAAGUCCUUGCCUGCAGUCCAGAAGCGCCCUUUCUCCAAGAUCAGGAAGAAGCUGCCGACUGUCCAAAGAAUAUUUCAAGUUAGGAUUUAGGCUUUAGGAUUAUCAAGAAGAGGAUUCACCAAGAAGAGCAUUCAUCAAGAAUAGGAUUCAUCAACUAUAGGAUUCAUCCAGAUUAGGAUUCAUCAAGAAUAGGAUUCACCCAGGUUAGGAUUCAUCAAGAAUAGGAUUAUCCGCAAUAGGAGUUAGGAUUUUGGAAUAGGUUUAGGCUUCAUAGUUACGGAUGUAUCUGUGUUCUGAUAGUUUUGAAUAAAUGUGUUUGAUUGUAUAUUUAAA